CGAAUACGACUAUCUCUUCAAAGGUAAAGAAAAAGAAAGAAAUUGGGAACGUGUGAAACGGAAUGGUAAAGAUGGAGAGAGGGGAUUGUUCAUGAUGUUUCGUGUUUUAGUUGUACUUAUUGGAGAUUCCGGUGUCGGAAAGACCAACCUACUUGCAAGAUUCACGAGAAACGAGUUUAAUCUUGAUUCCAAGAGUACCAUUGGUGUUGAGUUCGCUACUCGAAGUGUCCAAGUAGAUAACAAGACCGUCAAGGCCCAAAUCUGGGACACAGCUGGUCAGGAGCGUUACAGAGCUAUCACUAGCGCUUAUUACCGUGGCGCUGUGGGAGCCCUCCUUGUGUACGAUAUUGCGAAAUACGCCACCUAUGAGAACGUUAUGCGGUGGUUGAAGGAGCUGCGCGAUCACGCCGACUCAAAUAUCGUUGUGAUGCUUGUAGGCAACAAGAGCGAUUUGAGACAUUUGCGUGCUGUGCCUACGGAAGAGGCCAAGCAAUUUGCAGCUGACAACGGCCUUUCCUUUAUUGAGACAUCUGCGCUGGACUCAAGCAACGUUGAGCUGGCCUUCCAACGCAUCCUGACAGAGAUUUACCGCAUUGUUUCAAACAAGGCACUCGAGUCCUCGUCGGGCGGAACGAUCCAGCCCACGGCGGGUGAAACCAUCUCCGUAUCCAGGGCACCCGAUGAGCAGAAACAGGGCGGUUGCUGUUGAGGAACAAGCGUUCAUUGGUCCUUCUCUCCCAGCACCCACUCUUUCGUAAUCUGGGUGGGGAAAGAUGCCACUCUUAUAAACGUUGCAUAGGGCAAACCUAAAUGUUCUUUUUUUGUGUCAAUCCCUUGGUCUGAUUGUGUGGUGUCAUGCAAGUAGCAUCUUAAUAAUUGGGGGGGGGAGGCGGGGGCGGGUAACCAAGCACGUGAAUUGAAUUUCGAAGCCCGAGUCGACCACACCUCCAUUACAACGCAGCAAAGCCAAUUUAUCAGAGAUACUAGCGACAUUAAAAC